AUGCUCAGGCGAUGUUCAAAAUCGAUUCUACGGCAUGAAAGGACGUAUAGGCGUUUCAGCCUAUCAACGAAGGCUGGAUCAGCUUCUAUAAGCCAGUGGCCGGGCUGGGAAGUCGUUAUCGGCCUAGAAGUACACGCACAGAUCAAGUCCCGUGCAAAACUGUUUUCCUACGCAUGGACUUCGAAAUACGAUGAGCCUCCAAAUACGCAUGUUGAUCUAUUUGACGCGUCCUUUCCUGGUACACUGCCAAAAUUGAAUUCGUCCUGCGUUGACCUCGCCGUGAGGGCUGCGCUCGCCUUAAACGCGAAGAUUCAGCGCCACUCUGCUUUUGAUCGGAAACAUUAUUUCUACUCGGAUCUUCCUGCGGGCUACCAGAUCACUCAGCAAUAUGCGCCAUUGGCUAAAGGCGGUUACCUCAAGCUACAAAAAUGUGGAUUAUCUGUAAAGAUAAAGCAAAUCCAGCUAGAACAAGAUACUGCCAAGUCUACUUUUGACGACAAGAAAAAGCAGUCUGCCAUAGACUUAAAUAGAGCUGGAACGGCAUUGAUGGAAAUAGUCUCUGAUCCUGACAUGACAACGCCUGAACAAGCGGGUGAAUAUCUUAGAACCUUACAAGCCUUACUAAGAACUAUCGGCUCGAGCGACGGUAACAUGGAUGAGGGUUCUCUUCGAUGCGACGCUAAUGUUUCGGUUAACCGCAUCGGAGAAUCGAGAGGUACUCGAUGUGAGAUUAAAAACCUGAACAGCGUGAAAUUCAUGACCAUUGCCAUCAAAUCAGAAAUUCUGAGGCAUAUAUCCUUGCUGGAGAAGGGCGGUACUGUCGCUCAAGAAACUAGAGGAUUCGAUGAACAAAGGGCUGAGACAUAUUUGCUGAGAAGCAAGGAAGAUGCACCAGACUAUCGAUACAUGCCCGACCCGAACUUACCGCCCUUACUUCUUGAAGACAGUUACAUUGAAUCAGUGCGAUCCACGAUGCCCGAACUCCCAGAGCAAACACGUGCUCGCCUACUAUCCAGGGGCCUCAGUGAAAGAGAUGUCAACUUCCUUAUGUCUAUCGACGAGGGGCGCGAAGUAGGCUUUGACGGUCGGAUAGGUAGCGGUUUAGUUUCAUAUUUUGAUGCAGUAGCGAAGAAAAGAGAUCCUAAAGCUGCAAUGAAUUGGAUCACACAUGACCUCUACGGACUUCUUGUUGCACGAAAGGAGACCUUCCGAGAGAAUGUUGUUUCCGUUGAACAGCUUCGUGACCUCAUAGACUUAGUCGAAAGCAAUAAGGUGACCGGAACGGCCGCAAAGCAAAUACUACGAUACAUUAUUGAGAAGAAGUCCAGGGAUCCACCUGCCCAUAUAGCUCAAGAAUUGUCAUUACUCGCGUUGGUCGUUGGAGAUAGGAACGUCGGCAAUCUCAUUGACAAAUAUUGCGACGAAGCCGUCAAGGCGUUACCAGAGGAAGCAGAGGUGAUACGAAACGGCAAUACUAGGGUGCUUAACAAGCUAGUGGGCUACAUCAUGAGAGCGAGUAAAGGACGCGUAGACGCACAGACAGUUCAAACCCAUCUCAAGAAACUUCUUAUUGAUAAGCCUAAUUGAAGUACAUGAUUUCAAUUGGUACAAUACUAUUUUACAGUUCAUUUUUAUUUGGUCUCAUCUAAACGACGAUCUUCGCCUUUAAGAAGUCAUUCCAAUCCUGCUCACCCCACGAGCUUGAUAUUUCAUUCGCAACUAGACCGUCCCAUAGGACGGUUGGCGAGACAUGGAUUCCGUUCUGUCUUCCGAAUUUGAUGUUGUACUUCAAGUCAUCCGUCACGGCUACUCCGCCGUUCGGGGUAGAAUUGUAUGUGAGAUUAUCAAUUAGCCUCUCCUUCUCGUUGGAUCCAACAAUAGGCAGCGCGAGGUUGACAAGCUUCUCGCGAAUUUGUGUUACAGUGAGAUUCGCGAUGGAUUUGUCGAAGAAAUCUUGCUGGUGUUUAAAUAACUCAACCGAGUAGGGCCAGAAUUUCUCUGGGGCGACGCGAGCGACAGCCAACGCAGACUCAUGCGUCAAGGUCGAGGCAACGUGCCACGGCUGGACUUGCAAGCGGAUGAUUGCUUUGACUUUGCCAUCAUAUUUACCUCCAGCGUCAAGGAGUGGCUUGACGACUUUGUCAAUAGUCAAAGACAUUUUCGCACUGAAAGGACAGACAUAGUCCAGAAAGAUGUCGAGAGUAUGAGGCGCAUCAGGCCUUCCAGCGAUCAACUGAGGUUUCAAGGUCGGUUGAAGAGCCAUA